AUGACUCAACUACGCUUCGUCACUCUCGACGUCUUCACCUCAAAGCCAUACUCCGGCAAUCCACUAGCCGUGGUCUUCCUACCGGAAGAUGAAUCCCAAGCGCUGACACAGCGCCAAAAGCACCAGAUGACACUGGAAUUUAACCUGUCAGAAACCAUCUUCGUCCACCCAGUACGCGAGGAAUCCAAGCGCAAAAUCGACAUUUUCACCAUCGAGUGCGAAAUUCCAUUCGCAGGACACCCCACCAUUGGAGCCGCAACAUGGUUCCUAUGCCAGGCCCCGGAGGCCGCCGGUAGCCGGGUGACGACACUGAUCACCAAGUCUGGCGAGAUCCCCAUUUCCAUCCAAGAUCAGGCAACCCAAUUUGUUGCUGCGCAGAUCGCUCAUAACACGCGUAUCCAUGCUGCGCGGUUCCCACUCCAGGAGAUGCUGCGUCUUCACUCGACUUUGGCGCCAUUUUUCCCACAGCCUGAUGUUUCGUUCCCCUUGUUUUCGAUUGUGAAUGGCAUGUCGCAGACCUUUAUUGAGCUUCCUUCGUUGGAGGCUUUGGCUGCAGUUCCUCUUGCGGCGGGUGGCCAGCUGGUACCUGUCGAAGGCAACUACCUGGAUGAGGGCUGGCGGUCUGGGCUUAUCUGUGUUUAUUUCUUCGUCCGGGAUGUGGAAGACAGUGUUAUGAACCAGAAGGUUAUUCGAACACGCAUGAUGUUGGGCGGAUUGGAGGAUCCGGCAACCGGAAGCUCAGCUAGCGGGUUAGCGGCAUACCUGACGUUGACGGAGGGUCAGGCUGGAAAGGAGCACCGGUACCACUUUGUGCAGGGUGUUGAGAUGAACCGGCGCAGUGACAUCGGAGUCAAUGUUACACUGGACGGUAAUAAGAAGAUCGAGCAGGUUGUAUUGACUGGCACUGCGGUUCAGGUGUCUGAAGGCAAAAUGGUGGUGCCUGAUGUCUGA